AUGGAGCCCCCCCCUCCCCGGCCGAGACCCCCGGAGCGGGCCGGGGGCAGGGCCGGGUGGACUCCCCGGAGCCUCGUCCCGACCCUUCCCGGCGGAGGCUCCGGCGGUGCCGGCACGGAGCUGCGGCGGCUGCGCUUCCGACAGUUCCGCUACCAGGAGGCGGCGGGGCCGCGGGACGUGUGGCGGAGGCUGCGGGAGCUGUCGCGGCGCUGGCUGCGGCCCGAGGAGCGCAGCAAGGAGCAGAUCAUGGAGCUGCUGGUGCUCGAGCAGUUCCUCAGCAUCCUGCCCGAGGACAUCCAGAGCUGGGUGUGGGUCCGGCACCCCGAGUCCUGCGCCCAGGCCGUGGCCUUGGCCGAGAGCUUCCAGCUGGGGCGAGGAGAUGCCGACGGGAUUUGGGAGCAGCAGGUGACCGUGAGGGUGAAGGUGGAGGACGUGGCCCCCGGGGACGAGGAGGACCCCGGAGUUUUGGGGGUCCCCCCGAGCCCCCCAUUGGAGACCCCCCAGGAGGAGGCGGCUCCGGGCAAGGAGAAGGCUGAGGAAGAGGAGCCACGGGAAGGAGGUGCCACCACCGCAGCCCCGGCGCCGCCCCUUCCCCAUCCCCAGCACCCUCCGAGCGCCCGGAGGCGCCGAGGGCGGCGGGAUCCGCUGGGCUCCGAGGCGGCCCCGGGCCCGGCGGCGCCGCCGCGGCCGUUCCCGUGCGCUCAGUGCGGGAAAUGCUUCGGCCGCCUCACGCACCUCAGAACCCACGAGCGGACGCACACGGGGGUGAAGCCGUACGGCUGCGGCGCCUGCGGCAAACGCUUCGGCCACCUGUCCACGCUCACCACGCACCGGCGGCUGCACACGGGCGAGCGGCCCUACGGCUGCGGCCACUGCGGCAAGAGCUUCACCAACCCCUCGGACCUCAACAAGCACCGGCGCUCGCACACGGGCGAGCGGCCGUACCCGUGCCCGGCCUGCGGCAAGCGCUUCAGCCAGCAGUCCAACCUGACCAUGCACCGCCGCAGCCACACCCAGGAGCGGCCCUACCCCUGCCGCACCUGCGCCAAGAGCUUCAAGUACCUGGCGGACCUGACGGUGCACGAGCGCUCGCACACGGGCGAGCGGCCCUUCCCCUGCGGCCACUGCGGCAAGAGCUUCAGCAACAAGUCCUCGCUGGCCCGGCACACGCGGAUCCACGCCCGGGCGGCGGCCAGGGACAAGUGA